UCAAGCGAACCUACCCUAACACAAAACCAAAAACGAAACCAGCAUUAGUAAAACAAAAGACGAACGAGCGUUUGAUAUAGAGACUUCGAUUCUUCAGUAAGCACGAAACCCGCCUGAAUUACAUUCACAACGAACUGCACUAUAACAACGGGUCUUCUGACAUUUCACUUCUUCCACCCGUAUCUUUAUAUUUUCAGCCGCGUACACGAAGGAACAAACCAAAAUAAAACCGGUGAAGUUCAGUACCUGCAAGAGCGUAGAUUUUAUGUUUUUAAUUCGAUUGUUUUGUACUGGUGGCUGAGAAACAUAAAACAUGACGUAGUCUCCGGCGGUUGGCUGUCGGGAUUCGCGAGCGAUCAUUGCUCGAUCACCGCCGUCUCACGCACACUCAAUCGGAGAGUUGGCUCGGAUGCUCUCCGUCGCUCUCUGGCAUUGACAUUGCUGAAGAUCAGUACCAGUCAGAAAACGAAGCGUGUAGGAUCGUUUGAACUACUUUCUUAUCGAGGAAAGGUUCGUUGGAGAAAAUUGGCAUCGACUUUGAUAUUCGGAUGAUUUGCGAUUAAAAAAAUAAGUAGAACGAAUUCUUCUGUAACGAAAGUUUUAAUAUCGCCAUCGCUAGUUCACUCAGAAAAAGCAGUGAACAAUGGGCGAAAAAAUAUCCCCAUCUACAUCUACCGCACCCCGGAGGACAUCCCCUGGCAAACAGAAUGGUCAGAAACCAGCCAAAGAGAAGACCCCACCGAAGCGCAAAAGUAGGGAGGAAAAGCUAAACCAAUUGUUCGGUUCACCUCCACCUCAGUUCGUCGGAGGGGUUCAACGUCCGGAGCAGAAAUCCGUUGUAGUGGCAUACGUGCUGUGGCUGUUUGGUGGGUUCUUCGGGCUGCACCACCUAUACCUGCACCAGGAUCGUCGAGCUUUCGUGUGGUGGUGUACACUGGGAGGAUACUUUGGCGUAGGAUGGCUGUCCGAGAUCUACCAAAUUCCGGCGAUGGUACGGGAUUGUAACGAAGAUCCAAGGUUUGUCGAGGAGUUUCGGGAGAAGAUACGUGUGCACAAGAAGCCACCGUUUUCAACGUCUCGAUUCCUGAUGGCCAUCAUGGUUGGGUUUCUGUUCGGUCAGGUGAUUAUGAUUUCGAUACCGCAGGAAGUGUUUGCCGGGGUUGAUUGGAGUUUCUUGCAUUGGUGUAUUCCGCUAGGCGUAGCGAUCGGUGUGUGGACGGUUGGUAAUACUGGUCGCGAGAAGGGGGUGUUCUGGCACAGUCUAGUUGGAGCUUACAUUUCGUACCCGCUGCGAUACUUUGUGAUGGACGAGGCUUACUGGUUUACACUGAUGGCAUUUGCUUCGGCGUUUGCUUUCGACCACUUUUCUAAGGAGUGGAAUCUGGACGUUCCGAAGCGCGAGAAACCUUUGAAACGUGCAGCGAUCAUCGUACCCUGUGUCCUGCUGUAUCUAUCGUUGUGGGGAUGUUUCUUCUAUUUUAAUGGAACGAUUACUGAUUCAGAUGGCGAUGAGGUGCCAGUGCACGAGGCAAUCCACAAUUUUAUCAAAUCCCCGUGGUGGACCGACCUGAAGCAAACCAUAUCCGACACGAUCCAAUUUGCUAAACAUAACGGAUGGGCCGAGGUAUGGAAGCAGAUCAUAGAUUCGAUGGAUGCCGAUGGGGAGCAGAAUGCAUACAAGGUUUUAGGAGUAAGUCCAACAGCUUCCCAAACAGAGAUCACCUCUGUUUGGAGGAAGUUGUCACGUGAGAAUCACCCGGAUAAAGUGAAAGAUGAAUCGUUGCGUCGAGCAGCUCAGGAGAAGUUCAUGGAAAUUCAGCAGGCUUAUGAAGUACUUAGUAAGAUCAAAUCCAAAAGACGACAGCGAAAUAAGAAGUCCAAUGAGGAUCUUUAGUGGAAUUUUGGCGGUGGAAAGUGCUUCCAGAUGUAAGCUUUAACCCUAUGAACUGACUUGAUUUCGAGUUGAGCUGUAAAUAUUUAUUAAAUGAGUUGUAUUGGAAUAAAGCAGUUCUUCCUGUUUCAUUUUAUGGAAAUAUACUUUAAAAAUAAUUUUA